AUGGCUCUGGUAUUACAUGCAGGUAGCACAAACAAAAAUGCUUUGAAGACACUUAUUGCUGCAGAGUAUAGUGGCAUCCAAGUUGAGCUGGUAAAGAAUUUUGAGAUGGGUGUGUCAAAUAAGGCACCAGAAUUUCUCAAGAUGAACCCCAUUGGAAAGGUUCCUGUGUUGGAAACACCAGAUGGUCCCAUAUUUGAGAGUAAUGCUAUUGCACGUUACGUUACUCGCUUGAAGGCUGAUAAUCCCCUCUAUGGCUCCUCAUUAAUUGAAUAUGCCCGCAUUGAGCAAUGGAUUGAUUUUGCAACAUUGGAAAUUGAUGCCAAUAUUCUGCGCUGGUUCAUACCAAGAAUUGGUUUUGCUGUAUACCUACCUCCGGCUGAGGAAGCUGCAAUUGCUGCAUUGAAGAGAGCAUUAACUGCUUUGAACACCCAUCUUUCCUCCAGCACUUACCUGGUUGGAGAUUCUGUGACAUUGGCUGAUAUCAUUUUGACCUGUAACUUGACUUUGGGAUUUAGCCGUCUUUUGACUAAGAGCUUCACUUCAGAAUUUCCCCAUGUUGAGAGAUACUUCUGGACUAUUGUAAAUCAGCCAAAUUUCCACAAGAUUUUGGGUGAAGUGAAACAGACAGAAUCUGUUCCUCCUCUGCAAAAGCCUUCACAACCAAAGGGACCUGCAAAAUCUAAGGAACCUACAGAACCCAAGGUUAAAGAGGAGCCAAAGAAAGAAACCAAGAAAGAACCAGCAAAACCUAAAGUAGAAGAGGCUGGUGGAGAGGAACAGGCACCCAAGCCUAAGCCUAAGAAUCCUCUUGAUCUUUUACCUCCUAGUAAGAUGAUCCUUGAUGAAUGGAAGAGGCUUUAUUCUAACACAAAGACCAACUUCCGUGACGUUGCCAUUAAAGGAUUUUGGGAAAUGUAUGAUCCUGAGGGCUAUUCUCUUUGGUUUUGUGAUUACAAGUACAAUGAUGAGAAUACAGUAUCAUUUGUUACAUUGAACAAGGUGGGUGGUUUCCUUCAGCGAAUGGACUUGGCUCGUAAGUAUGCUUUUGGGAAGAUGCUGGUGAUUGGCUCAGGACCUCCUUUCAAGGUGAAGGGGUUGUGGCUUUUCCGUGGACAAGAGGUUCCCCAGUUUGUGAUUGAUGAGUGCUAUGACAUGGAGCUAUAUGAGUGGAAAAAGGUUGACAUCACAGAUGAGGAGCAGAAGGAGCGAGUCAGUCAGAUGAUUGAAGACCACGAGCCCUUUGAGGGGGAGCCCCUAUUGGAUGCCAAAUGCUUCAAGUGA